AUGGUUGUAUAUCUACUGUAUUACUCUGUCCACUCUUCCCUAGCAGGUUCACGCCAGACUUGCGUUUUCACCCCAGUUUGUGCGUUCACCAUGGUGUUGUCACGGCAGCUUUUCGUUUUUGCCAUUGCGCUCGCAUUGUUGCUGGCGCCUGCUGCGGCGAAGCGGCCCACCAAGGAGCAGCUGAUCGUGGAGUUUAAGAAGGCCCGAGAUGCGAUUAAGAAUCCCAAACUGAAUGGCCGACAUCGCGCCAGCGGCGUGUUCCUUGACCAUCUCAUCCCUCAACUGGAGACCAACUGGAACCCAACGGACGCGUUCCUCGACUCAGCCAACGGGAAAACCAUUCUUCUGCCUGAGGACACCGCAAUCGGUUCCGCGGGCCCUGGCGCCCUCUACAACAUGAUGAAGCCCGAUAUGAAGCGCCAAGAGGUUCGCCCCUACGCACCGUGGAUUCGCGCUAAUAUCCUCAACGGGGUGUACGCCGAUGAGAAUGGCCUGGCAUCCGCUCCGACACAUUUCUACGAUUUUGGCAGCUUGGGCAAAUGUGCUCGACUUUUCCAAUUCCUCACAACCUCACUUUCUCCCACCGCACAUGUCGCCACCUUUCCCUCUGUUCCCUGGUUACUUUCUCGUCUCAACGCCCGCGCGCUUCGUCGGUGUGCCAGCUUCAUCCGUGCUGCCAUGCAAGUCGCCGCGCAUUGUGGUGCAGUGCGGUUCACUUGCCAGCGGCUCACAUGCCGCGACGUGGAGCCAACGCUAGCACCCCUUUCCUGGUGCCAGAAUCAAAGCCCAAACCCUAGAAGCACUCGCUUUAGAAUCACACGCGCUCGAAACCAUCACGCGCCUACACGUGUCGCUUCCCAACCCGUCAGCAGCGACGGGCGACUUCCCGCUCGUCGCAGACUCGUCGGGGUUGUCCCCUUCAUCGCCGUCGUCGAGCGUCGCAUACACGAGGUCGCACGGCGACGAGCGAUUCACAGAACCGCCGUGCACGCCGCGACUGAUGCGCGUUUCGCCCCCCAUGCCGCUUUUACGGGUGUCGCGGCCACGCGUGGCGCCGCUUUAGCACGCAUCGACUCCUCCAUCUCUCUCCCACUCGCGGCGUCACUUCCCGUCCGUCGUUAUGCCGCGCCUCCCUUUUAUGCCGCGAGAUCCGCCGCUAUCGCCGCCGUUGAAGGCGCCGAAGACAACGCAGCAGAAACAGCUGUUUCCUCCCCUCCCUCCCCCUCACCGUCCCCCGAAUCCUCACCCUCAUCCUCCGCCGACGCUUCCGCCUCUUCCGCCGCCCCCGCGUCCGCUCCUCCCCAGGGCAAGCGGCAGUACGCCAUCGGCGCGCUGCAGCAGCUGCCCGCCGUGUCGCCCGCCACUGAAAUCAUCGGCACGGCGCUGCGCCGCGCCAAGCACGUGCGCGCCAGCAAAGGCAUCAUGAACGCAGCGAAGAGGGAGAGGAGCAAAGGCGCGCAACAACUGGACUGCCUUACCAAGGAGAUCAGCGGCCCGCUGGGUCGCUACGUGCGGCUCUUCCCCCGCCGCUCCCAGCUACACCCCUUCGAGCGCUCUCUGGUGGAGCUAACCCUUGGAGACGGGGUGUAUGAAGAGGUGCUCUCUCGAGUGGACGCCCUGCGCAAGAGGGUGCUGGACGUGGGCAAGAACGCGGCCAGCCUCGUCAACAAGACGAACACAGUGAAGGAGGCGGAGCAGGCCACAGCACAGGGCAUGGCGCAGGUCGAGGACCUGUACACACGAAACAGCCACGUGGUGGAGCCACUCAAAGAGAUCACCAAGAGGCUCCGAGCCAUACCGGUGGUUCGGCCGGACCUGCCCACGCUGUGCCUGGUGGGGGCGCCCAAUGUGGGCAAGUCGUCCCUCGUGCGCGCCAUCUCCUCCGGCAAGCCCGAGGUGUGUAACUACCCAUUCACCACGCGCGGCAUCAGCAUGGGGCACUUCUAUGUAGAUGGGCAGAAGCACCAG